AGUAUAAAUUCGUUGAUGGUCAAUACACCAUGUUCAAGUUACGUCUGCAGCCUAAUGCACGCGCACACACCGAUUUUGUUAGAACGUAAAUUACAUUUUGAAGUCAAAAUCGGAGCUACAACUGGUUGAUGCUAUUAACUAGAAUAACUUUUCACGAAAGUUUAAAUAAAAGAAAAAAAAAUUGAAUGUGCUAACUGGUUUUGGUUUCAAGUGGACCGUCGGGUGCUUUUACUGUUAAAUACCACCAAUAAAUUCAUAUACAUUAGAUUCACACAUAAAAGUUCGUCUCGUUUUUUAUUCAGACUCUGUUGAAAUGUUUGUUGACCACCUAUGUGCGAUUUUUUUAUGUUUAUUUGUAAUCGAGAAAGUGAAAUGUCAAGAAGUUGAUUGUUCCAUUCCGGAUGGAUCCGUUGGAGUUUGUGUACAGAUCGAUGACUGUCCAUCGAUACGAUCGCUUUUGUUGGGCUCAGCCAGACCGCUGCCAUCGCAUAUCGUUCAUAAAUUAAAAACUCAUACUUGCGCCUUCGAGAAUGACAAGGUAACGCCAAAAGUAUGUUGCCUGGACGACAUUUUCACAACAGAGGGAUCAAUAACACCUGCACCAUUCCAACCAAUUACCCCAUCACAAGUAACUCCGACUGAAAUUCAACCAAGCCCAUCGACAAGUGGACCAGGCCUAGAUCUUGGCAGUCGAUCGGAUGUGCCAGACGAUGCAUCCGAUCAUCCAAAUUUGAAUCUGUUACCGCUGACUAAUUGCGGAGAUAUUCUGGAACAAAAACUGUCCAACGGAAACAAAACCGAUCUGUUUGAAUUUCCAUGGAUGGCGCUGUUACGGUACGAAAAUGGUGGCAAUAUAGAAAGUCUCUGUGGCGGCUCUUUGAUUAGCGAUCGAUACGUCCUUACAGCAGCCCAUUGCGUAACAAAACUCAAGUCAACAAUGAGAUUAGUUGCAGUUCGACUGGGAGAGUAUGACACAACAACCGACAUCGAUUGCCAGAUCGUCGGCAAUGAAAAAAUAUGCGCACCACCUGUACAAGACAUAAUCGUCGAGGAAGUGUUCGCUCAUCCGAUGUAUGAUCGACCGAGAUACUCGAAUGAUAUUGCGGUCAUUCGAUUGUCUGCACCGGCAAAUAUGACACCCGAAAGCGUUCGUCCCAUUUGCCUACCGACAACGUUUCGAGUACAAAGUACUGUACUGAAAAGAGUAUCAAUUACCGGAUGGGGCACAACCGAGACUCAACGCCCUGCAACAGUAUUACUGCAAGCUCUGAUGCCAAUAGUUCCCAACGACAUUUGCCAGAAGGAUUUCUACAAAAGAUCGUUGCGACUCACUCCGAAUCAGAUGUGUGCUGGCGGCGAGACUGGUAUCGACAGCUGUAAAGGAGAUAGCGGUGGACCAUUGAUCUAUCCGGCUACAUUGGAUGGCGUGCGAAUGGUACAAUUCGGCAUUGUUUCGGCUGGUGUGUCAGUCUGUAGCAGUACUAACAAUUUUCCUGGUAUCUACGUCAAAGUUGCGUAUUACAUGCGAUGGAUUUUAGACCAAAUGAGACCGUAGAUUGAUUGAACGAUUAAAUUAUUACUUGCCAGAUCA